CCGCAAUCGUGGGUCUUCACCGUCUCGAAGCCGUUCGUUCUCGCCGAAGCGUGGGGACACAAUGACCCCAUCGCAUGAUGAUGGAGGUACCGCAAGGAAGUUGGACAAGCUCAUCGGGAAUUUGGAGACGCUCUCGCAGGCGGUCGCCAAUCAGGGGCAGGGCAUGCAGACCAUCAAACAAGUUUGCAACUCGUCGCACGAAAGGUUUUCGCAGCUUAUGGACCCGAUGUCGCUGAUGGGUCUCGACUUCCACACCAAGCACCAGCUGAACCAUCACAUCCGAAUGCUACCAGAGAUCGUGGACAUCGCCAGCAUGACCGUUGUGCGUGCAGUUGACAUGGUUAAGAAAGUCAUUUUAGAUUUCGAGACGCCUUUGCAAGCAGGGGCGUUCAUGGACAACUUCGUCGCUCGCAGCAGACUGUGGGAGUUCCCCGAUCCAUUGAACCCUUGCGUGAUGCUAUCUCUGAGGCGCGCGUGCAUCUCGGGGAUCUGCGACGAGCACCGCAACCCUUACCGCUCGACAUGGGCCCCUGCUGAGGCCCUCCAGCAGCAUCCGAAUGAGAUUCUCGAGGCCCCCACCGUCAUCGCGGACCUCAGGGGCGCCAUUGACCCCCGCGCCCAGACCCUGACAGGGCCCCUCAAGAUGGACUGGAAGCUCCCAGACAGGCCCCUUGGCGCGGGCAGCGCGGAUGCGAAAUUGAUUGCGGAUGCUUUCGACAUUCCGACGUCUGCGAGUCUUGCCACUCUGAUCGAUAAAGGUGCAAGGUGCAUGGAAAUCUUCUGCCAAAAUUUGAAGAAGAAGGCGCGACGCACCUCGAUGUGCGCGGCCGUGGCCCCGCCCAGGCUCCUCGCGAACUCGAUCAACAUGCCGGCAAAAAGCGGCGCCACGCCUCCCAUGGCCGUUUGCGAGAUCGGCGAGCAGGGGUGCCCGAGCCCUGGGCGCGGCUGCGCCCAGAGCCCCGGCGAGGCCGCCGCGAGGGCGGGGCGCCGUGAGGCGGGCGGCGCACCCGGCAAGCGCCUGCCGCCCCGGGUGCUGACGAAGCGAUUGGCCGCCGCGCGGAGCGAGCGGGAGCUGGCGGGGCUCUGCGCGGCCUUCGGGGCCCAGUUCGACGCGCUGCACCACUCCGCGCUGCUGCACCGGUGCGGCGCCCUGGCCGUACGGCCGGCGUCUCAGCCGUGGCUGCUGGGGGCGGUGGCCGCCCUGGCGCCUUCAGGCGGGCGGGCGGGGCCGCGGCUGACGGGGCGCCAGGUGGCGAGCGCCCUGUGGUCGCUGGCGAGGCUGCGCCUCGAGUCUGAGGGCGGCACCCUGCGCGCGCUGUGCGCGGCGGGGGGCCGCGAGCUGCCACGCUGCGGGCCGCAGGAGCUCGCCAACACUGCGUGGGCGCUGGGCGAGCUCGCGCACCGCGACGCCGAGUUCUGGGACCGGCUGGCCGCCGCGUGCGUCGAGGCAAUGCCGGCGAUGAGCUCCCAGCAUUUGGCGAACGUGUCUUGGGCCCUGGGGAGGGCCGGCUCCCCGCAGAGCGCGUGGUUCGGCGGGCUCGCGGCGGUCCUGGUUCGCGGGCACGAGCAGAUGAGCCCACGGCACUUGUCCAACAUCCUCUGGGGCUUUGCACAGGUGGGCCUCCGGCAUGGGCCGUUGUUCGACCAGCUUGGCGCGGCGAUCGGAAGCUCGGACGCCCUCGACCGGUGGAACCCCAGAGAUUUGUCGUGCGCGGUGUGGGCGUACGCCUCCCUCGAGGUCAUCAACCACCAGCUCUUCAGGCGCGUCGCCCGGGAGGUGGCGCUGCCAGGCCGCCUCGCGGGUUUCGGGGCGCAGGAGAUCCAGAACUUGGCCUGGGCAUACGCCGUCGUCGCACAGGUGAGCCUCCGACGGCCUCGGCCGAGCAGAGUGGCCCGCGGGCGUCGCGGGCCCCCGCGAGGCGCCGCUGCGCGCCGUCGCGUGCGCCAGCGCUGCAGAGUACCGACUCGCGGCCUCCGGGCUGUCCCUCGGCGGGUGCUUCCGUAGGCCACCGGCAAGGGACUGCCCAGAGCGGGCCCUCCCGCGACGUCUCCGCUGGCGCUGCUGCUGGGCGGGUCUGUGCACGGGGCGCCCGCGCAGUCGCCGCGGGCCACGUUCGUCGAUCUCGAUCGGGAAGCAGCAGGAAGCGUCCCUCCUCGGGAGGCGCCACUGGCACACCCACACCGGUCCCGACCUGGACGAUCCGCGCCCGGGGCCAGGUGGGCGUUGCCCGGCAACUACAAAGAGUGUGGUUACGUUGGGAGGUGGUUUGCGAUCUGCGUCGUUGGGGUUUGGGGGCUACCACGUUGCCCUCGUCGGGCCUCCUCGGGGCGGAGCGGAGAACUCUGUCGAGGUACUCGCCCGCCCCCCAGGGUGCUGGUUGCAACCGCACCCUUUGCAAGCCACACUUUUCGGAGUCGCCGAGUUGCUCGGGCGGGGCCAGAACGGGGAUAAAUCCCUCCAGGGAGUUUUGGAAACGAUUUCAGAGUGCUCACGAACGCUCUGAGAAGGCCGCGGCGUCCGAUGCAUCCUCC